AUGCCGGACGACGCUGAUAUUCCUCUACACGAACUAAUGGAGCAGCCGCCUCCGAACCAACAGCCACAAGAACAAGUCUUCGAGGAGGAGUUGCUAGAAACCGUAAUUCGUCUAGACCCACGAGAUAUUCAAUCUAUUAUUGAAGCGGUUAAAGCUGAUACGCCGUCUACUUCUCAAGCGCCUACUACAACGCAUUCAUUCAAGCGAGAGGGAUUCGGACGUCAGUUUGAUUUUAACAGUGCCAUUAUCAGGAAGUUAGCAUCGUUACCGAAGUCCACUGAGAGUAAUGCGAUUAUAACUGAGUUCCUGGACAGUAAGACGAAAUCUGACUCGCUUAAGUCAAUGGACCCCAGGCUUAGCGAAUUCAUGGAUUCGGUGAGGAAGAAGGAGCAGGAAAGUAGGAAACGGAAAUCUUCUCCCACUCCCUUUCGUGGGAGGGAAACAGCGUGGCGCCCUGUUUCCUUCGUUUCUCGCCCACCGAACGACUUUACGCCCAGCUGGGACAAAUCCUCGUCGGAUCGCAAGCCCUAUUAUUCAAGGCGUGACAGGGCUUCCGUUACUUCUCCAAAGAAGAGGAAAACAGAAGGAGAUCGACAUGUAAUCGCUGUGGAAGAGAGGGCCACUGGGUCAAGGAAUGUCCAGAUAACCAAUAGUGAGUUUUUACCAGGUUCUAUUCAUAAUUUCUAUCUGGAAUGGUUGGCUCUCGAGCCGUCUAAGCUGGUCUCGACCACUGUGCUUAAUGGGUACUCGUUGCCCUUUUUGUCAGUCCCGUCCAAGCCAGUGGAUUCGGGCAACAGAAAGUCGGCUCUCAUGCACAAAGAUUUCGUAACCAGAGAAAUUGCAGAGCUCCUCUCGACUGGAGUAAUACGCGAAGUCGACAGCGAUCCACACGAUAUUCUGCAUAUUCAUCCUUUAUCUGUGGCCAAAGGUAAAAAACUCAGAUUGGUUUUGGACUUAUCUCACUUAAAUAAGUUCCUACAUGUACCUAGAGUGAAGUUCGAUGACAUGAGUAGCGUUAUCGAUGUUUUGCCUGAGGGAGGGUUCAUGGCUACUUUUGAUCUCAAAGCGGGAUAUCACCAUGUGCGAAUUGAGGAAAAUGGGAUGGCAGAAAUUACAAAUUUUUAUGCUUGCCUUUUGGAUUGUCUUCCGCACCCCAUAUCUUUACGAAAUUGCUUCCGCACUUUCAUCAAACUGUGGAGAGCUCAGGGAAGAGGAAUUGCUAUUUACAUCGAUGACGGCAAUGUUUCGAAAGGUCUAGAGAGGCAUGUGCAGAAACAGUUUCCAUUAUCAGGGACGAUCUCAAGCGUGCAGGAUGGUACUUUGCUGAGGACAAGUGCCACUGGAACCCUUCCCAAACCUGUGAAUGGUUAG